AUGAGCAAGCUACUGAAACUGGCGUCAAUUGCCGGCCUUACGUCAAGCUUGGGCGCCGCAGGUUACAUGUAUGUUGUCGACAGAAACGGGUACCACUUCAAAAAUGCGACUUGGAAACGCGUAUCGGACCAUGUGCAGGGCCUGUUAGAUCGCAAGAGCGACAUCGUGGUGCAUGCGAGGGGCCAGAAUGCCAAAGACGUGGUGCUCAGACCUUGGACUGAGACGAUGAAGGACAUGUGGAACGAGCAGAUUCGAAGCGGCGUUGAUUGGGUGUACUCGUUGGGGAAGUAG